AUGAUGCAGGCCCUGGUCCAGAAACCCACCAAUGCUAAGGUGCUCAAGGUCUUAGGGAAGACCAAGAGUGAUGAGAUGAAUGUGAAGGUGCUGGACUUUGAACACUUUCUGAUGAUGCUGCAGACUGUAGCAAAGAAUAAGUAUCAGGGCACAUAUGAAGAUUACAUAGAGGGGCUUUGGGUGUUUGAUAAGGAAGGGAACGACACAGUUACGGUGGCUGAAAGAAGUCAUGUCCUCAUCAUUUUGGGUGAGAAGAUAUCAGAGGAAGAAGUAGAAGUGUUGGUGGCAGGGCAUGAGGACAGCAAUGGUUGUAUCAACUAUGAAGAACUAGUCCAGAUAGUGCUGAAUGGCUGA